UACUCAAGGCCAGACUCGAGACCGAGAGGCGGCUGGCGGCAGGCAGCAGCACUAGUUUAUGCGCAUGUGUGUGUGUGUGUGUGUGUUGGGAACACACUUAUCUAUUCCUGGUUAGGUUUUGGGGAUUUAUUGUGAUAAAGAACAUUCCACACACUCAGAGGCAGUACGUCACGUAGCACCAGUGCCGCAGUACCUGACAGGAAGUGGUGUGUGUUGGCAGCGCUGGGAUUAGAUAAAGUGAGACGAGACGCGUACACGUCCAACAGCACCUGUCUACAGGUGGGAGCCGCGGCAGCUCACCAGUUAAUACUAAUUCCUGACGCCUGGCACACCCAGCAUCCUCGUGUGUGCAAGGAAAAGAGAGUGCCAGCCUGCCCCAUCUCAGACUGUGUGAUUCUCCAAGUGGCCGGUAACUAUGGGUGACCGAGGCCGUGGGCAGGGCAGGGGCCGGGGACGAGGACAAGGACACAACCAGACUAUUAAGAACUUGGAACGUGCUGCUGCUGACAUCCAGAACAUGCUGCUUAAGAUGAACACAGAUGAGAAAGGUUCUGGCUCAGGUGGAAACAAAAGAAGGGGUGGAGGAAGCAGAGGAAGCAAGUCACUGAUGGAUCUCAGUAGGCAAGGUAGCCAGCAGCAUGGCUAUCCAAGUCCUCCCAACCAACCCUUCAAUCAUCCAGGACCACCCAACCAGGGAUACCAUCACUAUGGCCCACCAGACCAGGAACCUCCUUACCAACCACCACCUGGUCAGAUACAUUACCACCAAGGCCCACCAGGUCAGGGACGCUACCACCAAGGCCCACCAGGUCAGGGACACUACCACCAAGGCCCACCAGGUCAGGGACACUACCACCAAGGCCCACCAGGUCAAGGACACCAUCACCAAUGUCCACCAGGUCAAGAAUUGUAUCACCAAGGUCCACCAGGUCAAGAGACUUAUCAUCCAAGAAGCUACAGUGAGGGUCCUCCUAAUCGGUAUCCACCAGCACCCCCAUCCUAUGAGGAAUCUAUGGGCCAGUAUGACAAUAGACCCCAGCCACUGAUGCAGGACAACUACAAGAGGAAGGAUAAGGCACCCAACCGAGAAGCAUCUAAGUCAGCACAUGCGCAGGAGUUGGUGAAAGCAUUAGCCAUGUUUGAAGGGCAGAUGGCUGACUCUGAGGUGAUCAGCAGGCAGAUUGAAAGCAGUGUUGAGGAGGUUGAGAAGGUAGUGAGGCAACGCAAGGAUUUAUUUGCAUACAUUAAGGAUGGCAAUAAGAUGAUGGUAGAGCUGGUCCCCAACAUAAAGCUUUGCACACACUACCUGUCUGAGAAUGGCUGCACAGCACGUGACUCCUGCCAAGCUCUUCACAUUUGCAGAAACUUCAUCGUGACUCGCUGUGACCUUGGGCCGUCCUGUAUGUUUGGGCAUAAGUUUAAUACCAAUCACAAUAAUUCAGUUCUCUCAAAACUGUAUUUGGAUUUGAUCAAAACACACAACUUACUCCUCAUUGUCAAAAAGAUAUGCCGAGGAAAUGCUCCUCCCAGGGUGUGUGGUUAUUACAGCACAAAGGAUGGAUGCAGGAAGAAGGACAACUGUAAGUUCCUGCACAUUUGUAAAGACUAUGUGAUGAACGAUGGAAAAUGUUCUGCCAAAAAUUGCCCCUUCAAUCAUCAGCUGACCAACAAGCAGUGCAAGGCUGUACUGGCCCAGCACGGCAUGUCCACCAAUGAGAGCAUCCGGGACAUUUUAUUAAAGGUGAAGCAGGUUCUUGAGAGAGGUGGUGGCAGGCAUUCCUCUCCUGCACCCAAGCAGGACAAAAAGAAGGAAGAGCAAGAGGAAAGUGAAGAUAGCCAAUACUCCUCAGACUCAGACAGCUGCAAGGAGGACACAGCUGAUGCAUUAGUCAAGAAGAAAACCAAAAAGACUCAUGGCAAAGCUAAGGAAAAGGGUUCAAAGUCUAAGGGGAAGAAGGCAACAAUUAAAUCCACUGAUUUUUGUGGUGAUGUGGAAAUUCCUGAAAUUUGCAUAUAUUCAGUUAACAAUAAAUGUAUGAAUGAAAAGAAAGGUUGCAAGUAUCUGCAUGCUAAAAGUCUCUUCCACUGGCAGGUGGAAAAGGACAAAAAGUGGUACAAUUUCUGCAUAUUUCAGUCCAAGGCACUGGAGAGCGCUUACCGAGAUGUCUCCAAGAACAGCAUCACCAUGCCCAAUAUUGACACCACCAAACUUGUUACUGAUGACAAGAACAUACUGGAAAUCUUGGGACCAAACACCUGGAGAGCAAACUUCAGAGACAUGUGCAUUAGUGAUCCUACAGGCAAACAGCUGAAGAUUAGGAGAGUGUCCACACCAUCAUCAGCUUUGUCCGGCCUGCCUCAGGCCACUGUAUAUGACUGGUACUUUGAGGACGAGCAGGGGAAGUGGAUCCGCUACGGCAACGUGAAUAGCUCGGGCAAACAGGACUUUGUGUGUAACAUAACCUCAGAGGACAUUGAGAAGCAGUAUGUGACGGACUCAUUCACAACAAUGGUGAUAUCUAACAAUCGCUUCAAGUAUAAAAUUGAUUUUGCAGCCAUGACACAGACCAACCUGUCAAGCAGCAAAGUGAGGGAGAUCCGUCGCCGCCCCAUACGCCUCGCUUACCAGAAUACUGCCACCACCACUGCUGCUCCUGCCUUUGCCACCUCUGCCAGUAGUGACAUCUCCUCCCUCCCAGCAUACUGGCAGCCCAUGAAAUCCCUGGAGCCCUACAAGCUGGUGACUCUGGAUUCAAACAGCACAGAGUUCCAGGAUGUGUGUAAGAGCAUCAAACUGAUGAUCCCAACUGCCAAGAUCUGUGAGGUGCGCAGGCUGCAGAAUGAGUACCUGUGGCGCCUCUUUCAGUACAAGAAGACUGACCUUGCCAACUGGUAUGAUGAGCUUACCAUGAAUGUGCAGAAGCUUUACCAUGGCACUGACCCAGACUUCAUCAAUGCAAUCUGUAAGGAGAACAUUGAUGGACGCCGCUAUGCCAACACAAAGGACAAGUAUGGGAAAGGAACAUACUUCUCCAAUAGUUCUGCUGUUGCUCGCACCUACUGCACUCCUGAUACUCAAGGACACCUGUUCAUGAUCCUGGCUGAUGUGAUCAUUGGCUACAUGACCCUGGGCAACAAGAACCUCAACAAGCCUCCACUGAACAGUCUUAUUGACAAGCCCUAUGACACAACAGUGGACAGCAUGACGGCACCAACUAUCUUUGUUAAGUAUUACAAGGAAGAGUACUACCCCGAAUACAUAAUAGAAUUCAUUGCGUAAGUGUUGUGCAGAUCUUCUUUACUACUCUCAUUGUAGGUAUGUGAAAUGAUGCAUCUGAUCAGUGAGGAGGAUAGCUUGGCAGAAGAAUUGUCAGUUAUGCAUUUAGUGAUUUAUGUUGAAGUAUGUCAUAGAUAUUUGAAUGAUUUCACAUAAAGGGGUGUGUGUUUCUUGCCAUGUCAGAAGUACAUGUUCUUGUUAUGAUUGGAAGCAGUCUUGAGGAGUGGAUGAAGAUAUUUUUCUAUUUUCUUUUCUUUUCUUUUCUUUUCUUUUCUUCUUUGCUUUCCCACUAAUGUCAGAAAAGGAAUGCAAAUUCAAAUAGAAACUAACUUGUGAUGAUUGCCUGUGAUGUGGUGAUUGUGUUGGCACAGGACACAAUUCCCACUAAUGUUCCUGUGUGACUUCAAGUGCAGGGAUCACUGUGUUGCCUUUCUUGCCUAGCACAGAGAAGGAAUACUGAUGAAGUACAUCAUUAUUUCUUGGCGGGUAAAGCAGUUCCCCCUGUUCCUUAUUACUGCUUAAUAUUUGAAGUGUAUGAGGUUUUUUUUGCCUUGCCCAGCCUUUUUUAUUUGUUUAUUAUUUUUUAUUUAUUAUUAUUAUUAUUAUUUUAUUUUAUUUUUUUUUUUUUUUUUUUUUUUUUUUCUUCUUCUCCAGGGGACAGGGGAAGAAUAAAAAAAAACUUUGUGCUAAAUUUUUCUUACCUUCUUCCAUCUCAACAUUGUGCAGAUGAUAAACCAAGAAGAUACUUGGUAAGACAAAAUUGCAAAGUAUGUUGAUGGUCGGAGAAGUCUGCAACUAUUAUUUCAUGUAUUGUAUUAGUAGAGUAUUUUUCUUGAAACUGUGCAUUGAUUUAUGGUGCUGAGCCAUUACUUGCUAUAGUGGUGUAAGGCUCCCUAGGACAGCACACAGCAGGUCCAUGUGCAGUAUUCAGUGUGUGUUGGUGUGUGAGUGAGUGUUGCCUGAUCAAUGAGUAGUUGCCUAAAACAAUGUGAGUUAGAUCUCAUAAAAAUUAAACACUUUUCUAUGUCAAUUCUAAAAGAGUAUUUUACAAUGGAAUUUCUGUGAUGUCUCAAAACUUUUGUCACCUAAAUUGUAGUGCUUGACUGUUAGGUAUUUCUGUGGAAGCAUGAGUUUGAAAUGUGAACCUUCCAUUGUGACAGAGAUGGCGAUGGGAAAACAGUCUCUACUUGGCAUACGGCAUCAGGGCUUAUUAAUGCUGUUGCUGCUGCUUGGUAUGGCACCAACGAUAAAUGAAUUGAAAACUUAUUUGUAUCAUAAUAUUGUAUCUUAUAAUUGCCCAGUAAACAUACACUCUACUUUUACUGUGCAAUGCCAAAAUCAGACAUUGAUAUAUUUGUGGAUGAUAUAGGAGGGAUGGGAACUAUAGCUACAACAAAAGACACAGUGGCUGCAGAUGAAUACCAAUGCAGCAGACCAGGAUUCUGAUCUCAAGCUAUAACCAAUGUGCAAAGUUCAUUGUAUUUGUAUUUAAUAUCAUUAAAUGCCUCAUUAGCCAUCUAAGUAAAUAGUGAUGAAAUGCACAAGUUGUUAAUAUUGUUAAGGUUGAUUAUGUUGUCAUUAUUAUGAGUGAUACAGAGGUGGCAGCAGUCAGCAAGGUCCCUUACCUAAGACUGAAUAAGAAAUUCUUUACGUGUGUGUAUGUCCAAAAUUAUGACUUUUUAUCUUUUAACUAGGUAUCAUUCAUCAUGAGAGGACGAAAAUUCCCAUAUUUAUAAGCAAGUAUUCCUGUCUUAAGUUUCAUCCAAUAUCAUUUCUCGUACAUGAGGUUUAUGUGCAGCAGAAUAAUGAUACAGUAUUAUGAGUAGCUUUGCCUCUACUAUUUAUUGUUGAGGAUUUACUGUGUCAGGUGGCAGCUUUGUGGGGCAUAUUUUUACUGUAUUUUCUUUCCAUUGCAUAGAGGAGUUGAUUUUGUUUCAUUAAGUGUAUUUUGAUAAACUGCAGACCUGAUGGUUGGUAAGGCAACAUUACCAUCAGAUCCCAUUUCACCUCAAGUCCUGGUGUAGGAAUGUUGAUACUGAAAAUGUUGAUAAUCUACAUGCCAGGCAGGGAGCAUGCAAGACAGGAUGUCAUGGUGCCUUUUCUCAUUGUAGUAAAAAUUCAGACGAUAAGAUUCCUAUUCUCUUCCUGUAAACUUUUUUGUAAUGAAAAAAGCAUGUCUCCACACACACUGUUAACAUGGUAGUCAGCAUCAUAGCUGUCACUGGCCUGUGUGUGUGUAGAAAUCAUCACACGUGGGACAAAAAUACAUAUUGUUGCAUUUCCAGCUCGCCUGUUAUGAUUUCUAAACGAUAAAUCUUGUGCCUCGGUGUUAUCUCUUUGUGAGCAAAACUUUGUAGCAGCUGAGUGAAGUGAGGUCAGGUUUCUGGGCACUAACAACAAUGGUUCUAAUUUAACCAUGAAAUUUGUGUCUCUAACAUGGAGCUCAUCAGAUGAAACUGAUAAUGAUAAAUUGAGGUGAACAUUGAUGUUAUUACAUUAUCAUAUUGUUUCAUCAAGGUGUUUGAGAGAUGACAAAAAAAUAACUUGGAAAUUGUGGUUAUGUUUUGAGGACAAACCUUUAUCAAAAUGUUGGUCUGGAAGCAAGAGCUCUAACUCUAGAGUAGGGAGUUCAUAACCUCUGUGAUCUUGACUCCCACCUCUCAUGUUGGGUAGGACCAGCAAAGUCAGGUUAUUUCUAUUUUGUGUGUGGCACGCGUACUUCCACUAUGGUAGCCACGAUGCAUUUAUCAACUGUGAAGUGUUGGUAUGGUUUUGAUAGAUGUGUGACUCGUGGACAAGGAAGACUAUUAGUGCCAGAACAUUGCCAACAUGUACCAUUUUUUUGUGUACUGAGGCACAAUAGGGAGGUGGGAGUCACUGUACUUAAUGAUACACGCUUCCAGUGCUUCUUCUGUUUGAAGAACAUGGAAGAUUAAGAAAGAUAAAUAGUAGAGUUACAUAACCAAUGAUGCAGCAGUGAAUGCAGAGCCUGGGGCUGCACGGGCUGUGUUGCUGCUGUACUUAUGGCUGUGCUUACCAAAAUGUUCUGUGAUGCAAUUUUUUGAGGACGUGUCUUUAAAGGUUUUGUUCUGAGCAUUGAAUGGAUAAAAUUGAUUUUUCCAUUAAAUAUAUAUUUUUGAGAAUUUGUGGAAUAUAAUUACUAUAUGUAUUAUGCAAGUUAUAAUAGUAAGGCAAUUCAUCAUCUUCAUAAACAAAGUAAGAGCAUGGAGGAAGCUGCUCCAGUCACUGCAUCACAAAGUAUAGUGUUAAUCAAGACAGAAAUUAAGGAGAGCUUAUCUGGCAGUUUGUUUGCUAGGAUGAUGUUUGUCAUGCAGUUAAUGCUAGACAUAACAAACUGCUCAGGGGAAAACCAGUUCACUGUCAGUUAGCAAGGAAUAUUAGCAAUCAGAUUAUUACAUGAAGGAAGAUAUUGAUUAAUACCUAUCCAAAUAGAAUACAUUUCUUGAUACCUAUCUUAACAACAAUCACUAGAUACACCAACUUUCUGCAACAUUUAGUGAAAACAUGCUGCAUUAUAUGCAGUUAACAUAAAGAAUGAUGAUACCUAUUCAAGUAACAGUUCCUCUAGAAACACCAAUUUUCUUGUAUGUCUAGAAAAAAUAAUAAUUUAUUACCUGCAGCGAUUAUUGCAGAGUUUGGCAAAGUUUGGUAUUUAUACCUUGUAUAACAAUUGGGGUUUGCUAAGUUCUUGACUUGUUUGAUAGACUCCAAGUGUUUGUUGUACCUUAGAUUCACUGUGCCCAAGUUUUUCCAAUGUGGAAUGUAACCCUUUGAGUGUUACAACUGCUUCUCAGCUUGUUUGUUAGAAGUUUAGACACAACACUUAUAAUAAAAGGUAUCAAAUAUUUA